AUGCGCCAUGCCUGGGCAAGAGCGCAGCUCUCCCUGGUACAGCACACAGCACAAGACAAGGACCUUGACGAACUCGAAAUUGGCGGCGUGCUGUUCUGGAAGAACGGUAGCGACUUCACCGAGGCCACCCAUUACGAGGUCUAUCUCGCCGAAGACCGCAACGGCACGAACCGUUCCUACCUGGGCAAUAUUUCGGAUGGCGCCAGUUUCGACGUUCCCGCAGACACGGCCCUGGAGGCGUUCAGCCACCUGGUGGUCUACGCCCGCUCGGAGCUGGUGGAGCAAAGCACGCCUGCAGCUGCUCGCCGUAUCGUCGACACUGUUGCGAGUGUCUCAGCGGUGAGCUUCGUCGACCUGGACCUGGAUGAAGAUGAGCUUGGAGGUCACUUGCUUUGGCAAGAGCCGUCAUCCACCGAGCGAGUCGAGUUCUACGUAGUGUACCUUGCCCUGGACUCGGUCGGCACUGGCCGCUCCCUAGCUGCUGGUGGAGAAGUGCUGGUCGGUACGCAGCGGACCACGUUGCCGGCGGACACCAGCAUCUCCAGCUUCAACCACUUCCUGGUGUACACGAAGUCGGCCUUGGCAGAGCAAAGCACACCCGUGGGCGUGGCACUCUACGAUUCCACGGCCUUUGUAGGGAACCUGUCCUUCGCGGACAAGGACUUGGACGUGACGGAACUGGGAGGAAACAUCACUUGGUUCCCACCUGCCGAUGACCGGCUGGUGACCUUCGGAAUGAAGCCAGUUCAUGAACGUCACUUUUGGGACUUACUGUUCUUAUCGCUCUAG